UGAGCACACUCACUCAGAGAGAGAGCGGGGGACAAGAGGGCCAGUGCCUUUGAUCGGUUAAGAUCUGAGUGACUUCCUUCCAUCAUGCGUCUGGUGAUCUUCUUUCUUUUGUCUGCCCUGAUUCCCCUCGUUCUCUGCCAUGGAUGGAACUCCUGGACAAAUUACUGGCAGAGCAACGGAUACUUUUAUGGCUCCCAGUAUGCAGACAGAGCAUACAGUGUGUCGGCGUGUCCUGACGAGUGUGACUGCCCCUCUUCCUUCCCCGUUGCUAUGUACUGUGACGGGCGAGGCCUUACCGCCGUGCCACCGAUUCCCUCCCAUAUCAAAUACUUGUAUCUUCAACACAAUGCCAUCACAUCUUUGCCGGACUCGGCUCUAAGCAAUGCAACCAAUCUGGUGUGGCUUAUGUUGCAUUUCAACCAGCUGACAUCUGAAUCAAUUGGCAAGAAGGCAUUUCUGAAGCUGGGGGGACUUGAGCGUUUAUAUCUACAAUACAAUAAUUUGACCAGCAUUCCUUCAAACCUUCCCCUCUGCCUUAGAGACCUGAGAAUGGAUAACAACAUGAUUGAGAAGGUGUCACCUGCAGACCUAGAGGGAAUGGAUAACCUCACUAUCCUGUACCUUCAUGAUAAUGCUCUCUCAGAGGUGGGCUCGUCACUGAAGGGGCUGAACUCCCUCACACUGCUUGACCUCAGUAGCAACAAGUUGACAAAGGUCCCAGCUCCGCUCCCUGCAUACCUGCAUCAGCUCUACCUGGAGUACAACGCCAUCGACUCUAUACCUGAGGGAUUCCUGAGCCUCUUCUCUCAGCUACAGUAUUUUAGGAUGUCGCAUAACCUGCUAACAAAUAAAGGCAUCCCCGCUAACACGUUUAACGUGUCUGGGCUGGUGGAGCUGGACCUGAGCUUCAACAAACUGGAGAGAAUUCCUUCAGUUAGCACCACGCUGCAAUAUCUUUAUCUGCAAGCCAAUGAGAUCAAAGAGUUUACUAUGGGUAGCUUCUGCAGUGUCGUGGACGUAACGAAUUUCUCCAGACUCUUAGUGGUGCGACUGGAUGGAAAUGAGCUCAGUCUUGUGGACAUCCCCACCGACGUGAGCCAUUGUCUGCGCCAGGUUCUCGACCUUGAGAUCUAAGCAUGUGUACAACGCAGUCUGUGGCUCAGUUCACCACAUGCACCUACAGCAGGACUAUUUUUUGAAAACAGAUUACAGCAGAUAUAAGUUGAUAUCUACAGCAGGUAGUGAGUUAGUUAGUAGUGAUUGCAGAGAGCAUCACUGUGAGCAAGCUUUACUA